AGGAGGAGCAGCUGCAGCUGUAGCCGCGGCGCGGAGAGGACGGCGGCGGCAGCGGCAUGUUUGGGGUGAUCAGGAACUCCUUGUUCGGGUCGGUGGAGGGGUGGCCCUGCCAGGUGCUGAGCAGACGGGAGAAGGAAGAGGUAACCUAUGAAGAAAGGACAUGCGAAGGUGGGAAAUUUGCUACAGUGGAGGUAGCUGGCAAACAAUUUGAUGAGGCCUCCAAGGAAGCCGUGCUCAAGCUUCUGAAAUAUGUGGGAGGAACCAAUGAUAAGGGGGUUGGGAUGGGUAUGACUGCACCAGUUUCCAUCACUGCCUUUCCUGAUGAGGACGGCUCCUUACAGCAGAAAGUGAAGGUCCUACUCCGGAUUCCGAGCCAAUAUCAGGACAACCCUCCCCGUCCUGGUGAUGACAGCAUUCAGAUUGAAGAGCGAGAAGGAAUGACCAUUUAUUCCACGCAGUUUGGUGGUUAUGCCAAGGAAGAGGAUUAUGUGAAUUAUGCCGCCAAGCUGCGCUCUGCCCUGGGGAGUGAGGCAGCCUACCGCAAAGACUUCUACUUGUGUAAUGGCUACGAUCCCCCCAUGAAACCGUACUGGCGACGCAAUGAAGUCUGGUUUGUGAAGGAGUGAGCCACUGGCUUGUAAAGGUGUAUG